UUACAGGGUUUGCCGAGGAAGACGAACCCAAGUUAGAAAUAUUAACGAGGACAUCGGUACUGGAUGUCGGUGUGAAAAGAGCUCUCUAUUGUAAAGCCCAGAGCAUGAGCGAGACUGUGCCAAUUGUUUGGGUAUCUCCUAAGGAAGAGGAAGUGCAAGCAAAACGAAAUGGACUAGACAAUUCAAGGGUAUAUACUGAACUGAAGAUGUUGCCGAAUAACAGCAGAAUUCUUGUUCUCUAUUUCUUCCCACCUACGUAUGAGGACAGUGGCUUAUGGACUUGUAAGGCAGGAGAUCUCAAUCAAAGCCUAGAAAUUGUGGUUGGACAAAAAUUCAAGUUGGAUGUGCCGCAAAGCGAUAUUAAUAUUGACGAGAGCAAGACUGCUAAAAUAAAAUGUGAAGGAUACGGUCAUCCGGAACCUGUUGUACAUUGGUACAAAGACAACGUACCACUCCCAGAGGACCCUACAAAGUACGUGUUGAACAAAAGAGGCAAUAUCACCUUUUCGCUUGAGAUCAAGAAGGUAGAUUUUCAAGAUACCGGCGCGUACAUGUGCAAAGUGACACAAAAGGCCCUGUCACAUUACACCAACAAUACCAUUAGGCUGUUUGUACACCAUAAACCAAUACCUUAUGUAGAGGACUCCGAGGCCGCAGCUGAUAUAAGCACAGGAAAUAAUCUCGUUAAAUACAAUGAAGUAUACGCUAUUAUGGAAGAAGAAAAAAAUAUAACUUGCCGUGUGAUCGCCUACCCGUUGCCGACUUUUGAGUGGUACAAAACAAACAAAAAAACGAAAUUUGCAGCUCCAAUCAAAGAUGUGGACAGGGUUUUCACAAGCGAAGAUCGUCUACGGUCCACCUUAUUACUAACCAUGCGAUCGGACGACGACAUUACCGAAUAUAAAUGCAUAGUCCACAAUCAAAAAGGCACCUUGAGCAUUGUAUUUGAUGUUAACAUUGCGGAGAGGCCGCCAGUACCCAGUUCG